CCCAGCUGGGCGCCGCGGCCCCGGCAUGAGGAGCGGGCGAUGAUCCCUGCCAACGCCUCCACCAGGAAGGGGCCCGAGGGCAAGUACCCGCUGCACUACCUUGUGUGGCACAACCGCCACCGUGAGCUGGAGAAAGAGGUCCGCGCGGGCCAGGUGGACAUUGAGCAGCUGGAUCCCCGUGGUCGGACUCCCCUGCACCUGGCCACUACACUGGGGCACCUGGAGUGUGCCCGUGUGCUCCUGGCGCACGGCGCAGACGUGGGCAGGGAGAAUCGCAGCGGCUGGACAGUGCUUCAGGAGGCUGUAAGUACCCGGGACCUGGAGCUGGUGCAGCUGGUGCUGCGGUACCGGGACUACCAGCGGGUGGUAAAGAGGUUGGCGGGCAUCCCUGUGCUCCUGGAGAAGCUGCGCAAAGCCCAGGACUUCUACGUGGAGAUGAAAUGGGAGUUCACUAGCUGGGUGCCCCUGGUGUCCAAGAUCUGCCCUAGUGAUACCUACAAAGUGUGGAAGAGCGGGCAGAACUUGAGGGUAGACACCACGCUCCUGGGCUUUGACCACAUGACAUGGCAGCGAGGGAACCGCAGCUUCGUCUUCAGGGGCCAAGACACGAGUGCUGUGGUCAUGGAGAUUGAUCAUGACCGCCGGGUGGUGUACACAGAGACUCUGGCACUGGCUGGGCAGGACAGAGAGCUGCUGCUGGCUGCCGCCCAGCCCACAGAGGAGCAGGUGCUGAGCCGGCUCACCGCACCUGUGGUCACUACGCAGCUUGACACCAAGAACAUCUCCUUUGAGAGGAAUAAGACCGGCAUCCUGGGCUGGCGCAGUGAGAAGACAGAGAUGGUUAACGGGUAUGAAGCCAAGGUAUAUGGGGCAUCCAAUGUAGAGCUCAUCACUCGGACUCGGACAGAGCACCUUUCAGAACAGCACAAGGGCAAGGUCAAAGGCUGUAAGACACCUCUGCAGUCCUUCCUGGGAAUUGCUGAGCAGCAUGGGGGUCCCCAAAAUGGGACCCUGAUCACUCAAACUCUGAGCCAAGCCAACCCUACUGCCAUCACUGCAGAAGAAUACUUCAACCCCAACUUUGAGCUUGGCAACCGGGACAUGGGCCGGCCCAUGGAACUGACUACCAAGACACAGAAGUUCAAGGCCAAGCUGUGGCUGUGUGAGGAGCAUCCCCUGUCCCUGUGUGAGCAGGUGGCCCCCAUCAUUGACCUCAUGGCUGUUAGCAAUGCACUUUUCGCCAAGCUGCGGGACUUCAUCACCCUACGCCUGCCUCCUGGUUUCCCAGUGAAGAUUGAAAUCCCGAUCUUCCACAUUCUCAAUGCCCGCAUCACCUUUGGGAACCUCAAUGGCUGUGAUGAGCCUGUGCCAUCGGUGCGAGGCAGCCCUAGCAGCGAGACCCCUUCCCCAGGCAGCGACUCCUCCAGUGUCAGCAGCUCCAGUUCCACAAGUGAGCCCUGCCCCUACCCUGGGUCUUCCCUUCUGACCUUGGCUUGCUUUCCUUCCCACUACACUGAGUUGUGCUGGAAGGGCCCAGACCCAUGUUUGACUCCAAGCUCCAUGCCCCCAGCCUCCUGCCGCGGCUGUGAGAUCUCCCCAGCAUUAUUCGAGGCCCCAAGAGGCUAUAGCGUGCUGGGUGGCCAGCGGGAGGCAGCAACCCGCGAUGAUGAUGAUGACCUGCUCCAGUUUGCAAUCCAGCAGAGCCUGCUUGAGGCGGGUAGUGAGUAUGACCAGGUCACCAUCUGGGAGGCACUAACCAACAGCAAGCCAGGCACCCACCCCAUGUCCUAUGAGGGUCGCCGUCAGGACAGGUACGCCAGAAGCGCUGGAGAAAUCCUUCCGGUCCCCAGGAGCGCCCCGCCCACGCCUCAGCGCCAGCCCACGCCCCCAGCGCCGGUGCCCAGCCCUCGGCCCAGUCCUGGCCGGGGUUCCAGCGGCCACGUGUUCCGGAGUUACGACGAGCAGCUGCGGCUGGCAAUGGAACUGUCAGCGCAGGAGCAGGAGGAGAGGCGGAGGCGUGCGCGCCAGGAGGAGGAGGAGCUGGAGCGCAUCCUGAGGCUCUCGCUGACUGAGCAGUAGCGCCCCUUGCUGGGCCCCUUGCCCACCCCACACACUCCCCGAUCUGGGAGAGAAAAUGCCCAGGCCCCCCUUGCCUAACUGAGGCUGGAGUCUGAAGUCUGGAGCCACCUCCCGGGGGCGGGGGGGUGAAGCAGUGCACCAGGAACUAGACACGGAGGGGCUUGACAUGGGUGCAGGGUAGCUUUCCAGCCAGGGAGGCAACGGGCACGGCCAGGUCCCCCUGCUUUGCUAUAUCCUGGCUCCUAAUCCGUUCCUCUGGGCUCCAAUCUGUUCAAGGGUGGAGCUAAGCGGUCCUUAAGGGGAGAUGAAUCCUUAGAGGAGCAGUGUCCCUCCCUGUCCCUUGCUCCUGGCGGGUCCUCCUUUCUGCUCACUGACUCCUCUUUGGGUCACUGCCCCUGAAGCCUUUGCAUCUCUGCUCUUCACCCUUGGGAGGCAGCGGAGCUCUCUGCGUGCUGUGUCGCUGCUUUGUCCCAGACACAAACCAGCACGUCAAGAGCCUAGCCCCUCCCCCACCCCGGCAUUUCAGCGUCAAGUGCACUUAGCGGGGUGUCCGGCUCCCCCAGCCCCCCACACCCGUCCAGGGUCUCAGGGUGGUCCCAGCUUCGCCUUGGGUAGCAUGAAGUUGAAGUCCCUAUCCCCAAGGCACGUUUUUUUGUGAUCAGGGAGUGUGUCCAUGGUGGCCCCUUAGCCUGGGUGAGGCCGGACUCCCUCAUGGUGCCUUGGAGAGCAGUAGGGGCUGGGGAGGGCACAUUGGGCUGGGGGCAAGCACUAGACCCGACACAAAACUGGAUAUAAAGGGGUCGCCCAGGGCCCUAGCACCACCACCCACCCCUUCCCACCAGCUGCUGCUAGCCCUCUGUGGUUGUGCAUCCCUAUUGCCCCAAUUCAGGGGCUGACUGUAAAACCCUUCAUCCAAUGGUGCUAACCCCCGGCUCUCCCCUGCCCCUCCUCACCCACCCAGAGAAGCACAGACCCCAUCAGGGGAAGGGACCCACAGUACACCCUUGUCUCUGGUCUCUCUUGGACUGACCUUCCCUGACUCAGCCAGUGAGAUUCAGAAGGACAGAAGAAUAGAGCAACAAAGAGAAACUUUCUCCCACUCCCUUCCCUGAUGCCAGGGGCACCAGACUGAUUCUGAGGCACAAAUAAAAGAGGCUUCAAACUGGA